AUGAAUGAUAAAGCAUCAUACUCUUGUGAUAACCCUGAACAAUGCAAAGUCAUUAUUCCACCAGAAAUGAAUGAAGUUUACUAUCCCUUAGAUGGUAUGUCUCUUAUAGUUCAGACAGACUCAUUGAGUAUUACUAUAAAUCAAAAUACAACUAUUUCUAAUUUGAAAAUGAUAACCGACAACUCCAUUAGUCACAACUCAAUUGAGAUUUAUCAUGACGAUGGAUUUGAUAAUGUUAUUAUGGUUAUAGAUUCUAUUACUAUUGAUGAACAUGUUCAAACGGAUUCUAACCAACAGACUUAUCACCAAUUGUCAUUAUAUACUAAUACCUUUUUGAAGCAAGGGAAUGAUAAGUUAGAUGUUGUUAUAUCAUCAGAUACAUACUGUGCAAUUGACUCUUCUUCUAUAAAUCUCAUGGAUGUCUUUGGAGUGGUAAAUGUGACUGGUCAGUCGGUCAUUACAAAAUUAAUCAGUAAUUCAGAGUCUUCAAUUUAUUUGGACCAACAAUCUAUUAUUGAUGAUUUAGUCUAUAAAACAAGUAUUCCUUCUAUUCAGUGCAACCAAAUUCCACAAAUAAGAAAAAUAGAGAUUAUUGGAGACUCUGAUGAUUUGAUGAUAAUCAAGAGUCAGCAAAAGAUUGAACAAGUUCCUAACAUAAUAUUACUUUUCUACAAUUCUCUUGAAGAAUGGUACAUACACAAGGAUAUUCCAAAUAAUAAACAACAACUUGUAGUUGGAUGUGAUAAUUCUGAGUUGCAUGUGAUAAGUUCAAAUAAAACAAUCAAUUGCAAAAUAAAAGAAUGUUAUAAUUCUUUAGAAUGUUUGACAGAUGAAUAUACCACUGAGAAAGAAAUUCAGAGUGUUAAGUUAAUUAUUACUCAACCAAUGACUAUUACAGCAUUACCAAAGAAAAUAAGUGAAGUAGAAAUAAAUUAUGAAGGGGAAGAGUUAAUAACCAUAGACUCUCUUUCUCUUCAGAAAGUUCAUAUAAUUAAAGGAAAUGGAGUUAUUACCAAUUGUAUAAUAGAGCAAUUUGUUAAUGAUGAUAGAGCUGAAAUAAUUAAUUCUACUCUCAGUAAUUUAGUUUCUGAAAAAAGUAAACAUAUUCAAUUAAAUUCUGCACAUAUUGGAGAGUUCAUGGAUAUUACAGACACAGAAGUUAUGAUAAAAGGUACAAUACAGUUUGAUAGUCAGAAUGAAGGAAGAAUUAUAUUUAGUAAUGACUAUAUUAGUGUUGAAGAGUCAUGUUCUAUAGUUAGUAAUGGAAAGUAUUACAUCAUUAUGGAUGAUAAUGCAAUAACUAUACGUAGUUCAUAUAACCCAAUAUGGAAGGGAAGUGAUUCUUCAUUUUUAAUUCAAAGAAAUAAUCAAAUUCAGUCAAGAAAUCAAGAUGGUUGUUUGAUGCUCAUUUCAACAGAAACUCCUCAUUCUAUUGUUUUUGAUGGAGAAGAAAAUGACAGAGAUGGAACUGAACAAAAAAUUGUAUUGGAUGAAGAUGGAGUUGGAUUAUAUCUUUGUGAUUUACAAGAAAAAGCACACUCCGUUGAUAACAACUAUUAUGCAAUCAUCAAUGAAUUCAAUUCACUCCAAUUCAAACAGAAAUAUGAGUUAUCGUCAUUUAUCAAGUGUUAUAUUCCUAUCCUUAGUACUCAUCAAUAUUAUCUCAAUGACAUUGAGUGUAAUUGUCAUAAAGAUUCUAAUUGUGCUUUUAUUUUUGAAGAUCAAGAACAAAUAACAUUACAUAUUCCAUACACAACUCGAACAAUCCCAUUCAUUUCUGCUAACUCAAUUCAUUUAAAUUGUUCUAAUGAAAUAGAAAUUGGAGUUUUAUCAGUUUCUAAUAUGAGUAUUGAUUCAACAAUACAAAUAGAUGUAUUGUAUCAUCAAAGUGGUGAACUACAAUUAUCUAACGGGGAUAUUUAUGUUGUUAAAUACCUUACAUCUUCAGUACAACAAAAAAGAGUUAUUAUAGAUAAUAACGCAUCAGUGAUUAUUGGAGGAUAUCUUGAUAAUGUUGUUAUUUCUAUUCAAAACAAAUGUUCAUUAGAAAUAGAAGGAAUUUAUUUUACCACACAACUUAUUCAAUGCCAAAUAGAAAUUGCACAAAAUGCAAUGUUUUUUUCAAUGGAGAAUGACCAUAUUGAUUUGGUUCAUUCACUCAUUAAAAUGAAUUAUCCAAAUGAACACGCAAUUGCUUUAUCUUCAAGUGUAUCGUUCAAAGAAACUACCUUAACUCUUCAAACAAAUGUACGAUCAAAAAUUGAUUCACAGAAGUACGGGUAUGUUUUAUACUCUCCAAAUGGAUGGAAUGAAACAAUUAUUGAUUCGGUUGUGCUAAAUGAUGGAAAAAAAGAAACUUCUCUUCAUUUAGAAGAUGCAUGUGACUUUACAUGGAAAAUAAUGCAAGGAGAAUUAGAUUCAAUAAAGUGUUUGCGUAGUCCAUUCAACAUUUAUAGAAUUUCUAUGAAUGAACCAAUUCGAUGGAGAAAGCAAUAUCAUUCAUGGGAUUUAUUUUUCUUAACAGGCUCAGUAAUUUUUGUGUUAGGAUUUCUUGGGGUUAUUGGAUAUAUAUUUUAUUUUUCAUUACAACCAACAAAGUCUCAUUCAUUUAAUGAGUAA